AUGGUCCUCCUCGUCACAACAGACCGCAUCCUCGCCGCGCUAGACACAGUCCCAGCUUCGCGCCGCGAACAGCUAAACCUGCCAGCCACGCUGGAAACCAAUGGCCCGAUAGCCCACGAGCAACUAAUCCGAUUAUCGAGAUAUCUCCAAACGGACCCGGAGUCCGAAUACAAAGACGCAACAGCGUCCAGCCCAUCAAUUCUCAAUUCCCUCCUGCGCGGCACGAAGGUCUAUGUACCGCCGCCGCCGCCGAAGCCUGAGCCGACACCCGAAUACCUAGCCACAAAAGCAGCCCUCCAAGCCCACGUCGACCAAAUAGCCUACAACCGCCUCUUAAACCCGACAGCAAACCAAACACCCGACCACCACGAUCCCUACAACACGGCCUCCUCCUCUGGAAUCAAUGGCGCGGCCGGCGAUCAAGACAUGCUCACGCCAUCACUGGUGAUAAACAUCUUCCUGUCGGUGGUUAUAACCGGUUUCAGCGUGUACUGGGCUCUGACGAAGUUUUCUACGCCGGAUAUUUUGUAUUCUGGGUUUGCGUCUUGGACGGCUGGUAAGAGCAAUAAUGGUAAGAGUGGUGGUGGGGACAGACAGGGGAUUUCCGAGGCUGUGCGUGUUUUGCUUGCUUUCUUUGCUGCUUUGGCGGUUGCGGUUGCUGAGGCAUUUUUGUACGCUGCGUACGCUGGGAAGGUGGAGCGGGCGAGGGUUAAGGAGAGGGGCUUGAGGGAGAGGAAGGUCUUUGUUGGGAGGGUUGGGGAGGAUGGUGGUGAGGGUGAAGGUGAGGGUGAGGGUAAAGGGAGAAAGAAAGAAGGAGGAGAAGGGGUUAGUGUUGAUGUUGAUGGUGAGAAAGAGGAGAUUUGGGGGAAGGGCGUUAAUGGUGGUGUUAGGAGGAGGGUUAGGGAGAAGUGGGAGAAGGAGAGGGAUGGGGUGGCAGAGUGA